CGUUUAUAUCUAUCUGUCUGUCUGUCUAUCUAUCUAGAUAUAUAUCUAUAUGAAUAAGUUUGUUCAUAAGAAUAAACUAUAAGUAUUCCUAUACAGAAUUUUUCUCCUGGAGAAGGAAGAAUCACAUCAGUUUUUUUCUGCAUCUUCAUCUGUAUAAACUAGGCCAGUUUAACAGAUUUUAGAAUAUUGGUUUGAUAUUGUGCAGUUUGUCCAAUUGGGAGAUUAUAAUCCUUUGGCCAUUUUUGACAUACUAGAAAACGCUUGUAAAGAGCUCAGUAGAUGAUACCUACUGUUAUUAAGACACCUCAGUGAAGGUUUUGAAACCUUGAUUUUUCUGGAUACUUUUAUUAAAGUAGAACUUCCUCUCCCUCCUCUUUACUUAGUGAGUGUGGUGAGCUUCUUUUUGGGUUCCCUGAGUGCAAGGGAGAGAAAAAACAUUGGGGAUUCUGCAGGUUUAUAGUCCUGUUGCCUGGGAAGAGGGGGCCCUAGGAGGUGACGUCAUCCACUCCCCCUAGCCUGGAGCUCACAGCUUUACUACCUUUCAGCUCACUCCUGUCCACCUGCUCCUUUCCCAAUGCCUUCUUGCAGCACUUGAGAUCCCAAGAAACUUCCCAAAAGGGACAGAUUUGCCCUGGUCUCUUGUUAGCCCAUCCUAUCACACUGUUGUUAUUUAUAAGUAUUCCUAUACAGAAUUUUUCUCCUGGAGAAGGAAGAACCCCAUCAGUUUUUUUUUCAUCUUCAUUGUACGUUUACUAUGAUAGGUGUUCAGUAAUUGUCGUUGAACGAAUGAAGCAAUUAUAGAUGAUUAGUGCUAGGAAGGAGGGAACAGUGAAAGUCUCUAGGAUGCGUAGUCUAAGCAAGACUCUUAAAGACCAGAGGGACUCAGGCAUACAGAGGAUGCAUAUUGAGAGCUGACACGAAGGUGGAGGAGGGCCGGGUGGGUCCUCGGAAUCCACAGGAGGCCGGCAUGGCUGGAGCGCGGCAGGAACUGGAUGGCUCAAGGUCAAGAGAGGUGGGCUGGGCCAUGAAGAAGUCUAGAUCUUAUGCCAGGUGCACUGGGAAACUACUGAAGAGUUUUAAGCAGGGGACUGCAAUGAUCUAUUUGUGUUUUUAAAAGAUUACCAGGCCGGGAGUGGUGGCUCAUGCCUGUAAUCCCAGCCCUUUGGGAGGCUGAGAAAGGCGGAUCACAAGGUCAGGAGUUUGAGACCAGCCUGGCCAAUAUGGUGAAAGCCCAUCUCUACUGAAAAUAUAAAAACCAGCUGGGUGUGGUGGCGGGUGUCUGUAGUCCCAGCUACUCGGGAGGCUGAGGCAGGAGAAUCGCUUGAACUCGGGAGGUGGAGGUUGCAGUGAGCUGAGAUUGCGCCACUGUACCCCAGCCUGGGCGACAGAGCAAGACUCUGUCUCAAAAAAAAAAAAAAAAAAAAAGAUUACCGGUUACUCUGUGGAAAGUGUAUUGUCGUGGAGAAGGCUGGAAGUGGGGGAGAAGGCUGGAAGUGGGGAAAUCAGGUAGGCAGGACCGCAGUGGCCGAGGCCAAGCAAGGUGAUGGGGACUUGGACUAGACACUGGCAGUGGCGAAGGAGAAACAUCGAUGGAUUUGAGGCCCCCAAGACAGACAAGCACACAGAGGACCAGAGUCCUUCCACACCCUUGCCCCAGCCAGCUGCUGAGAAGAACUCGUACCUCUACUCCACGGAAAUCACACUGUGGACGGUGGUGGCUGCCAUUCAGGCCUUGGAGAAGAAGGUGGAUUCCUGCCUGGCCCGCUUGCUGACUCUGGAGGGGCGCACGGGGACAGCCGAGAAGAAGCUGGCCGAUUGUGAGAAGACAGCUGUGGAGUUCGGGAACCAGCUGGAGGGCAAGUGGGCCGUGCUGGGGACCCUGCUGCAGGAGUACGGGCUGCUGCAGAGGCGGCUGGAGAAUGUGGAGAACCUGCUGCGCAACAGGAACUUCUGGAUCUUGCGGCUGCCCCCAGGCAGCAAGGGGGAGUCCCCCAAGGUGCCUGUGACCUUCGAUGAUGUGGCCGUGUAUUUCUCUGAGCUGGAGUGGGGCAAGCUGGAGGACUGGCAGAAGGAGCUCUACAAGCACGUGAUGAGGGGCAACUACGAGACCCUGGUCUCCCUGGAUUAUGCCAUCUCCAAACCGGACAUCCUCACCCGGAUAGAGAGGGGAGAGGAACCUUGUCUUGACGGGUGGGGCCAGGAGAAGCAGAAUGAAGUAGAGGUGGGGCAUCCAAGGAUGUUGGGCACUGGCCUCCCUCCAUAUCCAGAGCACCUCACCAGCCCACUCAGCCCUGCCCAGGAGGAGCUGAAAGAAGGGCAGGCCCCCAAGCAGCAGCAGGACUCAGAGGUGAGAGUGGCCCCAGUCGGGCCAGGAGCAGGUGGUGGUGUGGUCAUCAAGACAGAGGCACAGUCUGAAGACGAGAUGAGGCCUGAGCGGCUUUAUCUGGGGGUGUCCCGAGGCCAGACCGAAUGCAGAAUCCCCCGAGGGCCCAGGAACAGGCCUGGGGGCUCCAGCCGUCAUCAGGCCCAGGGCGUGCCCAGGGUGCGGGCAGGGGAGCCACGGCCACCGGGGGUCGGCGGGGAGACGCCCCGAGUCCUUUCCCGCCGGCGGCAGCGGGCAUUCACCUGCCCCGAAUGUGGGCAGAGCUUCCGCCUGAAGAUCAACCUGACGAUUCAUCAGCGGACCCACGUGGAGGAGGGGCGGCGGGAGGCCCCCGGGGACAGCCAGACCACGCUGGAGCCGGGGGAGGUGGUGGUGCCUGGCCCUGUCAUCCGCUGGCUCCCCGAGGAGCCUGAGGGCCGCCGCUCUGUGGCGGGCGGCCGUGCGUUGGUGGGGCGGCGGCCUGCGGCCAGCAAGAUGUACCACUGCAGCGAGUGCCUGCGCUUCUUCCAGCAGCGCAAGAGCCUGCUGCUGCACCAGCGCCUGCACACCGGCAAUGGCCAGGGCUGGCCCGCCUGCCCCUACUGCGGCAAGGCCUUCCGCCGGCCCUCGGACCUCUUCCGGCACCAGCGCAUCCACACUGGUGAGCGUCCUUACCAGUGCCCCCAGUGUGGCCGGACCUUCAACCGGAACCACCACCUGGCUGUGCACAUGCAGACCCACGCCCGAGGCCAGGCGGGCCCACACUUGCCUGCCGCCCCUGCCCGCCACGGGAGCCCCCCGCUGCCCUGGCCCAGCCGCACGGAAGAGGGCUGACCAGGCAGUAGGCCACAGGGGACUCCUGGCAGGGCCUCUCCCCUGUGCCUGACGCGGGUUCCUCCUCUUUCUGGAAUGGAGAGAGGUUUGUUGUUUUUACUCAUUCAAAUGGGAAGCCCGCCGCCCUUCUGGUGGCAGUGUGUGUGACUGGGUGCCUUCUGUUUCCUGUUUGCACUCUUUGCUGCCUUUUCUGCAUUCCUGACUUGUAAAAGAUUCCUUAAGGCUUAAGGGAUGCCUUAUUUUUGAUGGGGCCUCUGGUAGGUACCACAGCCAAGAGGACCAGAGAUCAUGGCCCUUCCAGUAUGGGGGCGAUAGAGACAUCGGGGACCUGGGAUUUUUGUUUUGUGCAGAGGUCUCCGGCCUGCUGUCACCAUGAGACAGGGGAGUGGAUGGUUGGCCUGAAGAAAGGGUCCUGGAAAGUUUUCUACUUUGCUAUUUUGAAACUUUUUUUCCCUUGUUAUAGAGACUCAAGUGCUUUUGUAAAUGUGUGUAGUUGCUAAUAGAACUUCGCCUUUUGCAAAGUGGAAAGAGCCGGCUUUUCCAUGUGGGGCUCGCAGAACUGGAAGGGGAACUACCUCCACCAGCCUGUGGGUCUUUUAUUUUUUUAAGAUGGAGUUUCGCUCUUGUUGCCCAGGCUGGAGUGCAGUGGUGCAAUCUCCAGAGGUUGCUCACUGCAACCUCUGCCUCUCGGGUUCAAGUGAUUCUCCUGUUUCAGCCUUCUGAGUAGCUGGGAUUAUAGAGGUGAGCCACCACUCCUGGCUAAUUUUUGUAUUUUUAGUAGAGACAGGGUUUCAUCAUGUUAUCCAGACUGGUCUCGAACCCCUGACCUCAGGUGACUCGCCUGCCUCAGCCUCCUGAAGUGCUGGGAUUACAGGCGUGAGCCACUGCUCCUGCCCAGCCUGUGGGUUUUGACGGGGAUGUCUUGGCUGCUGUCUCGGAAGCACAGUGUCUCCCUAGGUGUGUGUUUCUUGGCUCAGAGUGACUCCCAGUAUUCCUAGUCCUUACCCCACAGGAUAGGCACGUCCAUUAUUUACUUUUGUUUGUCAGCUGGGAGGGGAAACUGAAGCCUGGAGUGGGAGACACUUCUCCCCAAGAGCUCAGUGUUCGUGGGUGUGUAAGAUCCAUUGACUGGACCCCAGACAGCAUCCUGAGGGGCAGUGCGGAGAGAGCCCAGGAAGCCCCUCCCCUAGAGGAGGCCCUUGGUCUGGCUGAGGGCCACCUCUACCCUGGGCCUCCAGGACUGCUUUUCACAUUAAAGGGGAGGCAGUCUCUCAAAGGAGUUCUCCCUUGAGCGCUUUGGGCUCUGGGGCAGAGUUGGGCUAGGAGAUCUGGGUGAAUCCUUCAGUCACGGCUAGUCUCAUGUUCCUCUUCUGUCAAAGGGGGUCAUCGCCCCAGUGUGUCCUACCUCAGAGUUGUCAGGAUCAAAUUAAGAGGCACUGGGACAAAUAUGAAGCCUAGCUUUGUGCUUCCUUUCAAGUUCAGGGCCUCCUUUCUACUCAUUCCAGCCUUUUUUUUCCCCUGUCAGAAUCCCUCAGGAAGGACCUUUAUCUUCUGGAGUGAGUAGUGGCAGUUCCACUGGGUUCAGUGAAAGACUCGCCCACGGGGCUUUGUUCCCCAGGGGUCCUUUGUGUUUCGGUGAACAAAUUCCUACCAAAACAUGAGAUUCAGACUGUAGAAGUUCAGGCAAUAAUAUCAGGCCUCAUGGAGAAGUCUGGAGGUCAGCUGGCUUCUGGUGUCCCAUCACACCACUGCGGGUGCUGCCUGUAGAGCAGCCCUGGUGUGGGUGACUCUGAAGCUGGAGUGAUGGGACCCCGGCUAACCUUGUUUUUUACCGCCUUGUCUGGCACUGAGAAGUGGCCACCCUUCAGGGCUGCUUCUGGGGGCCUUGGUUCCUGGAUGUGCCAUUUCUUUGCCCUUCUGACCCUCCCACUUCUUCUAAGCAGAGUUGGGGGCCAGUGGUAGCGUUGCUGUCAUCUCUGGGAGGAGGGUGAAUAUACAAGUCGGUGACAGUUCGGCCAGCCUCCCUUGGGUUUGGGAAGAGGCACCGCCCUUCUGUGCUGUGGAUCCUGCUUGUUUGCUUUGGGGUCCCCCAACCCUUGCCAGGAGCUUCACAAAUCAGAGACAGGCUGUCAGCAAGAGCUCAGACAGGAUGUGUGCAAGUGCAGGUGCGUGAGUUUAACCCUCAGCUGCAGGAGCUAGUGUCAGAUGUUCUGGGGAUACCUCAGGCUAAGAAUUUUGCCGAGUUUCUGGGCUUGUUUUUCUAAUGCCAAAUGCCCCUGCGUAAGUGGCACAAGGUGCUGAUUCUCCUUUUUUCUUUUUUUCAUAGCAAUGUGUGCAACUUUGAGCUAGGUCUUGUGAAUUUGCCUAGCACUCGGACGUGUUUAAGUAAUGUUCUUUACAUUGAAACGAGUCAACCGAAGCUUUGUGGUGCAGGAGCUGAGGGUUCCCCAGACUCGGUGGGAGCCCUGGUUGGGCCCCAAACUCCCCCAGCAGAGUCCUCGUCUUCCUCAUUUGUGAAAUAAACGGGUGGGCCACGACGUUAAUAAGCCCAAGAAAACUGUGAAGGUGGUAGUCCCUUUCCCUAAUUGGUGCGCAAUAAACUUGUUGACAUGAA